CCGUCUGGAGCUCGCAGUGGUAUGGCCGUGCGCCCGGGGUCCCCCGGUGUAGCACCGCACCGGCUCCAGCCCAGCGCUGUCCCGGGGCACAGGCCCUGUCCCGUACCUGGCUUUGGUAACCGGGCUGAUCCCGGUAGUGUGAUGCCCCGGUACCAGCUGUGUCACACACUUGCUGUGUUCGCUGUACAGCUCCUGCCUUUUCCAGCUCAAGAGUUCAAGCAUCAGCAUCUGCAGCAUUCCUGCUGUCCUUACCUGACUGCAGUGCAAAGGUGGUACCAGGUUUCUCUCAGGGAGCGCUUCAUUCCAUGGCCUUCACUUCUCCAAGCGGGUGCCGUGACACUUUCCUUUCCAUCUUAGCUAGUGGAUGUGCUUUUGUGCACAAAGGCCACAAGGUCACUCACUAGUUAUGCAACUGCUCCCUUUGCCCUUUUAAAAUAUAACUUGCCUUGUUAAAACACAAUUGAACCUCCUUCCUUGAAGCAUUUCUUGUCAUGUUCUAGCCUGCUCCUCCACAGCUGCAGAACCGUGUGGUUUAGGGAUAAAGACACAAACACAUGGGUAUCAGCUUCCACACCAAAGUGAUGAAGUGCUUCUUCAAACACUUGCUGAGAGUCUUCUCCUACACUGGGCGCCAGGCAAGGGACGACAAAUCCUCUACGCCUUCCUUGUGGAGAGCAAGGAGCGAUAGCGGAGAGCGGUGCACUUGUUGCUGAAGAGAGACAUGAGAGAGAGCCCAGUCGCCGAGCCUGGAGCUGCUGCAGAGCGAUGGGAGCAACUGGAGGAGGCAGGAGGGGGAGGCAGCCAGGCAGAGCCGGUGCCCGCACGCCGCUCUGGGUGGCAUCCACAGCGAGGGGCGCUCCCGGUGUCCCGGCCCGGUGCGAUGCACAGCGAGGGGCGCUCCCGGUGUCCCGGCCCGGUGCGAUGCACAGCGGCCACAGCGAGUGGCGCUCCCGGUGUCCCGGCCCGGUGCGAUGCUCAGCGGCCGCUGCGGGCGGCGCCCGAGCGCUCCGGUGCCGCCGCGAUUGGCGCGGGCGGGGGAGGCGGCGGCGGAGCGCGGCAGGGACCGGGAUGUCCCCGCCGGUAGCGGCAGCCCGGAGCGGGCCCGCGCUGGCAGCCCAAGCCGCUCAGCUGCCGCGGUGCAGCUCUCGGUGUUCCCCCCCUACAAGCGGCUGCGGCGCCGCACCGAGUGGCUGGCCGCGAUCGCCACCGGGAAAGCCACGGGUGCGGGCUCCGAGAGCCACCGGCAGCAGCUGCUCGCCGUCCUGAGGGACCCCGGCACGCCGGAUUUGCUGCCUCAGCUCCCUCACUGGCUGCUGGACGAUGGGAUCUGGGCCACGCAAUAGGGCAGCUGGGGGGAGAGCAGAGACUUCCUCAUGGAGCUGGAGAUUGUCAUCCAUGGGCUAAGUCAAAUUUUCAGUGCUGGGCUUUCUCUGGGGAGCUGCAUCACCACCUUGACCCAGCAUUACAAAGAGUGUGUUUCUAAGAUCCCUCCUGAUACCAUGACACUCUCUGCUUCCCAUCCUGAUCACUGUGUUGCUCAGGCAGCUCCCCAAAGUCUGCCUAUUUCAGAUGUGCCUCUUGCCCCUCUGGUGUGCCAGGGUAACACAGAGCUCUGGCCAGGCUUCCCCCUCUGUGGCAGCAGCUCAGCAGAAACAGCAGCCCGUGUCAGCCUCUCUUGUGCCUGUUGUUAAUCGUGUGAUUUGUUCUCGAGGCUCUUCAGUGUAAGCCUGAAACACCUCGUGCUCUUCUCUAGAGUGAGCCAGCAAGCUCGUUUCCUGUUAGAUCCUGUAUCCUGUGGCAAAACCGGAGCCCACAGAAACCUCAGAGGAUGACAGUGAAGAUUUGAUUACCCAGAGGACUGAAGAUAGUGUCAGGCAGUCUUUGAGUGGCUUUUGCACAGAUGCUGCUGCCAGUGUGCCUCAGGCAGUGGUUCGGAAGUCCAGGCAGCUGGUUUGCACCAGGUAGGACAGGCUCAGUGUACAGAUCCAGGGGGAUGCCUACCCUGUGGGCAUCUUCCAGGAAGGCUCAAGUAGCUACACUUGCCACUUCAACCUGGCCUUCUGGCUGCCCUACUGGCACAUCUUGGCUGUGCUGAAUUUAAACAGGAAGCUCUUGCAGAGGGAAAUGCUCAAUAGACCAUGGGAGAGGGUGGGUCUCACCCAUCAGGCUGGGUGAGACAGUGCUGAUGGCCUCCUGGAGGAACUAAAGAGCUCCUGGAACAAGUCUUUGGAUAAAGCCCUGGUGGUGUUCUUCCUCACAGCAGAGAUAGCCAGCUGCCUGCUCAGUAGUGAGGACUUAGAGCACAGGACUCUGUGGGAGCUAGCUGACAGCUGGGCCAGGCCCUACAGUGAGGUGAAGCUCCAGCACUGAGUGGGAGCUGAGCUGGGUGCUUCCACAAUGUCCUGUCUUGCACCUUCAUUCCCCUCAGCCUGUCAUUUCCUCAGCGUGGAAGGGGCAGUUUGUGUCCUUGAUCUGCUGAGUGAGCGUCACUUCUUGCAUGGGGCAGCAGAGGAACUGGAUUGGGAGCUCCUGAUCCUGCAGGGAGGGUAACAGUCACUGACCUGGCUAACAGCUGUGGCCAGGAGCCAGCUCUGGAUGGUGCAAUGUGGGAGGUGCUGGUAUCCUAGAAUCUGCUGAGUUGGAAGGGACCCAUUUGGAUCAUGUCCAACUCCCAGUCCUGUGCAGGACACCACAAAAAUCCCACCAGAUGCCUGAGAGCAUUGGCCAGACACUUCCUGAACUCAGCCAGGCUUGAUGCCAUGACCACUGCCCAUUGCCCGCUGCCUGUUCCAGUGCUCAACCACCCUUUAGGUGAAAAACCUUUUUCUGAUAUCCUGCCUCAAUCUCUCCUGACUCAGCUUUAUACCAUUUCCUUGAGUUCUGUCACUGGUCGUGACAGUGACGAGAUCAGUACCUGCCCCUCUGCUUCCUCUCAUGAGGAUACUGAAGAUCACAAUGAGGUCUUCCUGCAGUUUCCUCUUCACCAGGCUGAACAGACCAAGUUACCUCUACUGUUUCUCAAAAGCCUUGCUUCCAGUCCCAUCACCGUUCCCGUGGCAUCUUUUGAAUGUUCUCUUUUUUAUAUUGUUGUGCCAAAACUACCCCCAGGAUUUGAAGUGAGGCUGCACCGGUGCAGAGCAGGGCAGGACAAUCCCCUUCCUUGGUGGCAAUGCUGUGUCUGAUGCCCCCAGGACAGGAUUUGCCCCCCAGCUGCCAGGGCACUGCUGAUCAUAUUCAACUUGCCAUCAACUAGGACCCCCAGUGCUGGUCUUCAGCUUCUUGUUCCCCUGUCUGUAAAUACCACCAGGAUUGCCCUGUACAAGGUGCAGAAUCUGACACUUGCUCUUGUUAAACUUCAUACUUUUGGUGAUUACCGAUCUCUCCAAUUUGUCAAGGUCUCUCAGCAAGGCCUCUCUGCUCUCAGUGGAGUUGACAACUCCUCCCAGUUUAGUGUUCUUAGCACUAAACAUUAGUAUAUUACUUAGUAUUCCUUCAAAUCCCGAAUCCAAGUUGUUAAUGAAGAUGUUGAAGAGAAUUGGGCCAAGGAUGGAGCCCUACAGAACCUCUCUAGUGGCUGGACACCAGCCUGAUGUCACCUCAUUCACUGUAACUCUGUGCCCAACCUGUGAGCCAGUGGCUCACCCAUUGUGUAACAGGGUUAUUCAGCUGCAAGCUGGACAUUGUCCAAAAGAAUACUGGGACAGACAGUGUCAAAAGCUUCACUGAAGCCCAAAAACAUUACAGCUACUGGCUUUCCUUGGUCACUUAGGUGGGUUAUCCUGUUGUAGAAGGAAAUCAUGUUCAACAAGCAGGACUUUCCCCUCAUGAAGCCAUGCUGGCUGUGACCAGUGACUGUGUUCUCCUCCAGGUGUUUUUCAGUACCUGCCAGAAUGAUCUUUUCCAUGAUUUUACAGGACACUGAAGUGAGACUGACAGGCCUGUAGUUUCCAGGGUUCUCCUUCCUGCCCUUUGAAAUCGGGACAUCGUUCCCCAGCUUCCAGUUAUGUGGGACCUCUCCAGAUUCCCAAAACUGCUCAAAAAUCAUCAAGAGUCUUUGUGAUGACAUCAGCCAGUUGCUUGUGGUUUCUCAAAUUAAUCCCAUAAGGGCCCAUAGAUUUGUAGGGAUCUAGGUACAAUAACACAUUACAAAACUAUUUCAUCUGUGGCCAGCACCCGCAGGUCCUUGCAGCAUCCAGCUGUGAGGUGUUGUGCAACGGAGCCAAUAAAUCACCCUCGUGUUAUUUGGGAGCCGAAUCUGUUCCUGUGCCAGUUGCAGCCACCCCUCCCUGGCCAGGGAACAGGGCAUGGGGAAUCGGGCAGGGCUUUGGGCAGUGCUCCUCAGUCCUCCUGUCUCACCGUGGUGCCUCGGGUGGCAGGAGGUGGCAGCUCCUGAAUCCCUGCAAUCCCACUGUCCUGCAGCCCAUCAGAGAGCAGGGCUGUUGUUUGUCUGCUUGCAGCAGCUGCUCUCAAUUCCUCAAGAAAGAGGAACCCGCCCUCGUGUGCGGGGGGUCACUGCUGGGCGGAUAACACUGCAGGGAGGUGGGGAGCAAAGGCUUCGUGCAAGGCUGGGGAAGGGAAAACAGCCUGGAGAGUAAACGAAGCGCCCUCGUCUGUGGGCACUGCUCUGG